AUGAGAUUCUUUAUCAUCCUUCUUUUGGCUUUUUUGGCUGUUACUGCUCUUGGUAAGUCUCUAAGUUACAGUACUAUAAACAAUUUAUAUUGUAAAACAAAGGAUUUUUGAGUAAGAUAUUAUAUUUACUAUUGUAACUAUAAAAAUCUGUAGAAGCUGCCCACCACGGUAAGAAGCCAGUCCACAAGAAGCCAGCACACCAUCCUCCAGCCCACAAAGCCCCAGCCAAAGCCGGUACUAAAUCUCCGUCUGGAACUGGUGCCACUUCAGCUGCCAAGACUACUGGUGCUGCUGCGGCCGCUACUACCGCCAAGGCUGCUUAA